GCGUUGUCGCCGGCCACCGCCUCGCAGAUCCUGGCCAGGAAGCGGCGCCGAGGGAUCAUCGAGAAGCGGCGCCGCGACCGCAUCAACAACAGCCUGUCGGAGCUGCGGAGGCUGGUGCCCAGCGCCUUCGAGAAGCAGGGAUCGGCCAAGCUGGAGAAGGCGGAGAUCCUGCAGAUGACCGUGGAUCACCUGAAGAUGCUGCACACGGCUGGCGGGAAAGGCUAUUUUGAUGCCCAUGCUCUUGCUAUGGACUAUCGAAGUUUAGGGUUUCGAGAGUGCCUGGCUGAAGUUGCCCGGUACCUUAGUAUUAUUGAGGGCUUGGACGCUUCUGAUCCUCUUCGAGUUCGACUUGUCUCUCACCUGAAUAAUUAUGCCUCUCAACGGGAAGCAGCAAGCAGUGCACACACUGGCAUUGGACAUAUUCCUUGGGGCAGUGCCUUUGGACAUCACCCUCACAUCUCUCACCCAUUACUACUGCCUCAGAAUGGGCAUGGUAACACCAGUACCACAGCGUCUUCCACAGAACCACAUCACCAGAGCAGAAUUGCUGCUCAUGCUGAAACUUCUUCACUGAGAGUGCCCCCUAAUGGCAGCAUUGGAUCGGUGCUCCCUGUGGUCACCUCUACUUCCAAACUGUCUCCGCCUCUGCUCUCCUCCAUGGCAUCUCUGUCUGCGUUCCCCUUUUCGUUCAGUUCAUUCCAUCUGUUGUCCCCUAAUGCACUCAGCCCAUCUGCACCAACGCAGUCAGCAACCCUGGGCAAACCCUACAGACCAUGGGGCACUGAGAUUGGAGCUUUCUAAGGACUCAUUAGUCUGGGGACGGGGGAAAGGGUCUAAUAACUCAGCUGAGCUGGGUUUGUGCCAGUUAGUUUCAAUUUUAAGUUCUUAUAUAACUGAGACAAAGGUACAGUUUCAACUUUAAAAAUUUGUCUAAAAGCUGAAGUGCUUCAGGUUUUUUUUACAUUUUGUAUUAGUGGGUUUUUGUUUUGUUUUUGUUUUUUUUUAAAUCUAGUUGCUGAAGCUUGUCCAAAAAUUAAAUUGAAAUAGUGGAUGUUAACACUUAUGAUAGGUUUGUGUGGAAUGUUCAACUCGCUCUGUAAACAGUUUGUCUCAAAUGAUUCCAUUUUGGCUAAGUACCUUGGACCCUUUUAUUUUUUUAAAGUUUUUAGUGUAUUUCUGUCUAUUGUUAGCAACAGCUUUGUUUUGUUUUGCUUUACUUUUCCAAAACCACUGUUCUCAGCAUUAACAUAAACUGUGUUUUUUGUUAAUAUUUUGACAUUAAGAUGCUCUAUAAGGAAAUUCUUUUGUAAACUAUAUUCUGAGUUUUAUAUUUCUGAACAAAGCGUUGACAAAUCAGAUUGAGCAGCUUUAUACAAGAGUUCUGUGUUCACUGCAGUGGUUAGAUGUGUCUGGUGGUCUUAACCUAUUCUCUUGUGGAGUUCUAUCCACAUCACAGAACCACUGCACUAUUUCUUUUGGCAUAAAGGGCAGCUUUUGCUCAAGAGCAGACUCUCUACAAUAGCUACAGACCAAGAACAAGUUGAAUUGGUGUGGAUUUAAUGUGGGAGCCUGGACAGGAACAUAUACGAGUGCCUGCCAUUUUCCUGACCAGAGCAUCCUAACUUCAUGGGCCCAGAUGGCAGCCUUUGUCACCAUAACAAAAUUCUGUUACUGUUAUUUUUAAUUGAGAUCACAAACUGCCUUUUAAUACACUUCAAACUUACAUCUAAAAUGAGUUGUGGUGGUAUUUAAACAGCCAAUGGAAUGGUACAGUGGGCACUUGUUCAAUGCAUAAACUUGUUACUUAAAUGUAUUAUUUUAAAUGGUCAAUUUUCUAGUGUAUUUUACUUUUGAGGAGCACUUCAAUGUGAUUCCUCAUGUUUUAUAAAGGUUCUACUACAUCCUUGUAUAUAUUUUGGUUUGGUUUCAUGAGACUUGCAUUCUGAACAGGUUUAUUCUUUAGUGGAUUCCACUGAAUUGGGUUUGAUUUUGCUCUUGUACUUCUGUUGUGGCUAAAUAAAGGAGAAAGAACUAAGUGUUGAAUUGACAUGUUUGUCUGAUAUGUCAUUAAAGAAACCUAUUGUUUCAGGUAUUAUGGGGGGAGGGGUUUUUAUUUUUUUUAUUUGGUCUCUUAGAUGGUACCAUGAGCCUUUCUACUGCCACUUAGUAUGUUGUGCUUUGUCCUAGAAAAAGGCUUAACAGAAUUAGUCUUAAGAUUGCUUUUUUUUUUUAUGCAUUAUUUUCUCUUGAUUGCUAAGUCCCCAAGUAUAGGAGUAGAGAAGCCAGCACAAGCCCUGGAGAGGAGGAUGAAGUUGACCUGGCCAGCAUUUGAAUGCUUUUACAUUUUUAAAGUUAAUAUUUGAAAACCCUUCACUGCCUAAUUUGUGAGGGUUUUAUCUUGCCUAAUUUUCUAGGAAGUGACCAAGUGGGUGAAAUCUUUGCAGAUAAGUUUUUAAGUUCAAUUAAUAUCUAUCCUGGGUACAAAGCAGGGCCUUUUACUGCAAUGUUAGUACUAUGUGCAGCUUGUACACUUGUACUGAAUGUAAUAAUAUCAUGGUGUGUAUGUGCAAAUACCUCCUUAUACAAAAAUCCAGGCCCUGUUCCUUCCUAUUGCUAACAUUCUAGACUUUUGCACCUGCAAAGCUUGAAGUCCCUGGAAGAGAAAUUUUUAAUUCUUACCCAUGCAUUUGAAUACAGUGCAUAAUUCUGUCUGGAAAUGAUACAUCUUUGUUCUGGGUUGACUGCCAGAAUAGUGGCAAAGCACUCUGCCCCUUGGGGACGGAGUGCUUUGUUGUUUAAAAGGGGCUCUCUAGCCAAUUAAGGAGUGGCCUUGACUGGAGCCUACGGGUUGUCUAGGCUUCCUCAGAAGAAGAGUUAGCUUGAGGCUUGGGAAUAGUAAGGAAAUUGGGUCCAUAACCUUUUCCUGGGCUGCUAGGCUGGAGGAAAUCAUUGCUAGACACAAAGGCAAGGAAAGCAAAAUUGACUUGCAGGUGGAAGUAUGUAGUUUGCUGCCACUGAGAAGCUAUGGAAUGCAGGAUGUCUGCAUGCGCAUGAAAGAAGCAGCUGAAAAUUCAGAUCCUGGUUUCUCUUUCACAGAUGUCACUUGUGUAAUUAUGCUCUACCUUGUCCCUACUAUGUUUGCUACCACAUUAAUAAAUCCCACUAUUAUUCAGAAAAGCCUUUAAAUGUUAAUAAACUAAAUUGAUUCAAA